AUGGGUAAAAAACAAGCAGGUCCGGCCUAUGUCCUGGGCGUCGGCAUGACCAAGUUCAUCAAGCCCCGAGGCAAGGUCGACUACAAUGAGCUCGGCUAUGAGGCCGGAAUCAAAGCCAUGCUGGAUGCCAAGAUCAACUACGACGAUGUCGACCAGGGGGUGGCCUGCUACGUCUAUGGCGACAGCACCUGCGGCCAGCGGGUCUUCUACCAGUUCGGCCUCACCAACAUCCCCAUUUAUAAUGUCAACAACAACUGCUCGACUGGGUCAACAGGCCUUGCCAUGGGCCGAACCCUGGUGUCUCAUGGUGCUGCCGAUUGUGUGCUGGUGGUUGGAUUCGAGAAGAUGAAUCCUGGCAGCUUGCAGUCCAUGUACAACGACCGCACCAACCCGACAGGCCUGUUCGGCAUGAUGAUGGCCGAGACCCGGGGGAUUACCAACGCUCCGGGAGCAGCGCAGAUGUUUGGAAAUGCCGGCCGAGAAUAUAUCGAGAAGUACGGAGCCAAGAACGAGGACUUUGCCGAGAUCGCUCGGGUUAAUCACGAGCACUCCAAACGCAACCCCUACUCGCAAUUCCAGACCGAGUACUCACUGGAGCAGGUGCUGAACGCGCCGAUGAUUCACGAGCCGCUCACCAAGCUGCAAUGCUGCCCGACCUCGGACGGCGGUGCCGCCGCGGUAGUUGUCUCCCAGGAGUUCUUGGAUGCGCGCCCGCACCUGAAGGAACACGCCAUCCUGAUCGCGGGCCAAACCCUCGCCACCGACACCGACCAGGUCUACAACCGCAGCUCGAUCGACCUGAUGGGAUUCGGGAUGUCGCGGCACGCGUGCCGCACGGCCGUCGCCGAGGCCGGCGUGAAGAUCGAGGACAUCAAGGUGUGCGAGCUGCACGACUGCUUCUCGGCCAACGAGAUGAUCACCAUCGACGCCCUCGAAUUGAGUGACCCCGGCAAGGCCCAUGAGAUGGUCCGCCGCGGCGACAUCACCUACGGCGGGAAGAUGGUCAUUAACCCGUCCGGCGGUCUUAUUUCCAAGGGCCACCCGCUGGGUGCGACGGGUCUUGCCCAGUGCGCGGAGCUGGUUUGGCACCUGCGCGGCUGGGCCAACAACCGUUUGAUGGAUGGUACUGCUGCUGCCCUGCAGCAUAACCUUGGUCUUGGUGGUGCCGUUGUCGUGACUGUGUACAAGCGCGCUGAUGGAAAGGUUGCCGCCGCUGUGCCGUCGGAUGUGGUCGCCAAGGCCACUGGCUUGGGCUACAAUCCUGCUGUCGAGGCCCGGGGCUUCACGGCUGAGCAGGCCAAGUCGGUUUUGAGUAAGAAGCACAGCAGUGAGUGGGCUGUGGGCGAUACGUCGGAGCGGGUUCUCGCCCGGUUCUAG